CCAGUCGGCUGCUUCGUAACUCGAUCACCGAAGAGCUGCCAGGAUGGGCGGUGCAGUGACAGCCAGCAGCCGCUUAGGUAGGGGCUGAAGGCAAGAGAGGGAAAGACUGAGCAGUGACCUCCGCGGAGCUGGGAAUCGGCCCGUUGCGCAGAUGAAGGGAGAAGCCGGAAGUAUGCGACAGGAGAAGCCCAAACAGGAGGAACGCAUCUGGGGCUCCAUGAAGAAGGCGGCUUUCAUCCUGGGCUCUGGCCUUCUCUUGCUUGUGGCCUUCUCGAACUCAGUCUCAGGGCAACUUCAGAGAUUUUGGGAUGCUUCUGGCUGUUUUCAGCAAGCCCAAUGGGAGAGGCUCCUGUCUACAUUCGAAGGGAAGGAGUGGAUCCUCUACAUUAUAGCUACCAUCCUAGUACCUGCUCUGGUUUUCUGGAGCUUCAAUGGGCUUCUGCUGGUGGCUGACACAGCCAGAAAACCGAACUUCAUCUCCCGCUACCGAAUUCAAGUUGGCCAGAAUGAACCAGUGGAUGCCAUGAAACUACGCCAGUCUAUACGCACAGUUCUCUUCAACCAGUGCAUGAUAUCUGUCCCCAUGGUGGUCUUCCUCUAUCCCAUCAUCAAGGUGCGGGGAGACCCCUGCCGCCGAGAGCUACCCACCUUCCACUGGUUCCUUCUGGAGCUGGCUAUCUUCACUCUGAUUAACGAAGUCCUGUUCUACUACUCACACCGGCUCCUUCACCACCCAACAUUGUACAAGAAAAUCCAUAAGAAACACCAUGAGUGGACAGCUCCCAUUGGCGUGAUCUCUUUGUACGCCCACCCUAUCGAGCAUGUGGCCUCCAACAUGCUGCCAGUGGUACUGGGUCCCAUCCUAAUGGGCUCCCACUUGUCCUCCAUUGCCGUGUGGUUUUCCUUGGCCCUCAUCUGCACCACUGUUUCCCACUGUGGCUACCACCUACCUUUCCUGCCUUCACCUGAAUUCCAUGACUACCACCAUCUCAGGUUCAACCAGUGCUACGGGGUGCUGGGGGUGCUGGACCACCUCCAUGGGACUGACACCAUGUUUAAGCAGACCAAGGCCUACGAGAGACACAGACUCCUGCUGGGCUUCACUCCACUGUCUGAGAGCAUCCCGGAUCCCCCGAAGAAGAUGGAUUGAGAGAGGGCCCAAGUGCCACCUUGGCUGUCCCCCUCAGUGGACUGCUAAGGUGGCCCGAGGCGUGCUGUUUCUAACUCGCUCCUUCAGCCAUGCAGUUUCUUUCAGUCUUAUUUUACAGGUUUAUUUAUUUUGAGAGAGAGAGAGAGAGCCAUGAGCAGGGGAGGGGCACAGAGGGGGACAGAGGAUCCGAAGUGGGCUCUGUGCUGACAGCAGUGAGCCCCACGUGGGGCUUGAACUCAUGAAAGAUGAGAUCAUGACUUGAGCUGAAGUUGGAUGCUCAACUGACUGAGCCGCCCAGGUGCCCCAGCCAUGCAUUUUCUAAUGACAGCACCACUGUGGCAAGGGGAAGCACAGCUUCCCAGAAAGGUAGGGCCAAGGAUGGGGCCAGGGCUCCCCCAACAGCCUCUGUUGUCCCUCAACAGGACCAGGAGUUGGCUUAAGGGGGAGAAACAAGAACAGUUCCCCAGAAUGGAGGCCAGUGAGAAGGAAGAAACCACCUUACUAGGGCUCGGGGCAAGUCCCCCAUGGUCCUUUGCUGUGGAAAGGGAGAGGUGAGACCCCGGGUGACUUUUUUAUGGCCUAGGCAAGACACAAAGAAUGCAAAGGUGGCAGUAAGACUGGAAGCCACUCCCAACUCCAGAGAGAGCUCCUUCUGGUGCCAGGGGGUGAGAGAACCAGAAGGUAUUGCUUUGCCCCUUCCUGCACCAAAAAGCUUUUCUUAUACCCUACUCUGGCCAGGGCCAGGAUACCCCCAUUGCCGAUACACACACACACACACUCUGAGUCAGCCAACAAAGGCCCCAUUUCAACUCUGCUCCACUACAGACAUCAUCCCUCUAUGAAAAGAAAAAUGCCAAUCAGAGAGAGCCCCUCCCUGGAUUAAAACUGAGAUACCAAAGAGGUGCAGACUGGACCCUGACACCUACCUUCAGCCAUAUGCGGAAACCAAAGGCUAAACCCUGUUGAUCUACGCUGGGGGCCCUUUUAUCCACUGAGGGAAGGGUCAGAGUUCCUGACCUUUGGGGACACCCACCUGAGGCCCCCUUAUUAGCCUCCCUGAAGUAGGACCAAAGAGGCUGAAACCCUCUUCCUCCAGUGAGAAGGCAAGAAAAACAUGGCUGAGGGGCGCCUGGGUGGCUCAGACGGUUAGGUGUCUGACUUCAGCUCAGUUCAUGAUCUCAUGGCUUGUGGGUUUGAGCCCUGCAUCAGAUUCUGUGUCUCCCUCUCUCUCUGCCACUCCCCUGCUCGUGCUGUCUCUCUCUCCUCUCUCAAAAAUAAACAUUAAAAAAAAAAGAAAAAAGAAAAACAUGGCUAAAAGAGGGCAGAACCCUCUUUCCACCCCCCCAUCCCCCCCCCCCCCCCCCCAAAUGAUUAACCAGUCAUCUCAACACCAUUUAUUUCAAAUGAAACUUACCUGAAACAAAACCAGAGAGCUGCCUGGGUUGCCGCAGUCCCCAGCCUGGCCUUCCCUUAGCAGACAUUGCCAGGAGCCCUGUGGCUCCCAAGAACAAUUUGAAGACCAAUCUUUGGCUUGCAAGGCCACCAUAUUGUUACUCAGUUCUUACAUAUAUUUGGGUCUGUUCCUGAACUCUCAGUUCUCUUCCAUCAAGAAAACCAUCCAUUGUUUUAGAAUACGUUAGCAUUGGAUAAGGCCAACUCUUGAAGCAGAACUAUCUAAGAUCCCUUCCUAUUGGCCCUGCCACUCGAAAUCUGCCUAGUGGACCAACUGGGCACUUAAAGCUUCCUCCUUGGCCUUUCAAACCCCACCCACCCUCCUCAGGCCUUGGUGGGCUUGGCUCUGUCCCCAGGACAGCUCUUUAGGACACUUCAUGCCCUGAGCUUCUGCGGCACCAAUGGUCCGUUUUCACGGCUGCUCGCCUGCUCCUGCAGCCUGUUCCUACACAAGUAAACAUACGGAAAAUAGUCCAUCUUCUGUACACUUAAGAAGGGUAGGGAAUGAGGAGCGUGGAGAAAGAGGAAGAACGGAUGCAUUUCUUUUCCCCUUUGAGGUCUUUGGAUUUCGAGGGGCAAGAGGCUGUCGGUGUCUCAUCCCUUUUGGCAGCCGGGUGGUUGGGCUCUGGCAGAGGGUCCCAGCCCUAUCCUCUUCUUCAUCAAACAGAAUGGCCCUGAGGUUGGUAAACAAGUAAGGCUUAAGAAAAGGCUGGGGUCUUGAGGUGCCUGGUGGCUCAGCCGAUUAAGCAUCUGACUCUUGAUUUUGGCUCAGACCAUGAUCUCAUGGUUUGGGAGGUGGAGCCCUGCAGUGGGCUCUGCGCCUGACAGUGUGGACUCUGCUUGGAUUCUCUCCCCUCCUCCCCACCCCCCCGCCCCUGCCCUGCUUGCUUUCUCCCUUAAAAUAAACAGACUUAAAAAAUAAAUUGAAAAAAAUUGAAAAAAAAAUAAAUAAAGGGCUGAGGUCUCAAAAUUCCCAGAUCACGUGAAAGUGAAAGGAAUGGAAAAUAAACUGGGUUCCUUUUAAUGCCA